CUCGAAAGUGCAGAUAGGAUACCUGACGCAAUCCCAAAUGGCAAGGCUUGCCCCUUUGUGCCGCAAAAGGAUACGGUACUAGGAUGACGCCUCUUGGUUUUCACGACCCCUUUUUGGUGAUGGGUUGUUCUCUGUUUUUUUUUGUGACGCUUGAUCCAUUGCGAGCGAUACGGGACUUGUACAGCAAGCAUCUAUGAUACUCUAUCACUCGCAUGCUCGAGAAUAUUGCAGAGUAAAAUCUUUGGAUGGAAAUGAUAACAUAACUUCGAAACUAAGUUGUUCAUAAAAGACAAUACCGAGGYAAAAGAGAAUCGAGAAUCAAAACAAUUKUCWGCAAACGAACGAACGAAAGAACAAAACAGGAAAGCAGGCUAUCUAYAGCAAAGAUGAAUCCCAUCAUGAUGGUACCGCAUAAAUACAAAAUCAAAAAGAUCCGCAGCAACAAUCAAAACAAGGAGGAUCAAACCACGCCAGUGCCAAAAAUCCAACAGCAACAGUUGUUCUGCCAGUCCCCGGCAUCGUCACCGUGCUGGACAAGAAAGGACACUCUCCAAACAUUUAUUGCAUCCGGUCACGUGCAAGAAUACGAUGGCCUUUGUUGGUGUGAUUGAUCAGAGCAGAGCAGAGUAGAACAAAACAAUKCAAACAUGAUCAAAGCUGUACCCAUCAACAACAAUCAUAAAGACUACAUACACUACAUCACUUUUACGGACGAAAUGGUUCAUUCGCAACUGUUUUCCAGCUAUACAAUUUUGGUUUAAUGGGAGGGAAGCGACAACGAUCUUCGACAAGCUUUGUUUUUCGCAAACCACCAACGCUAUUCGCAACCUCCAUUUAUACACGAUACCCCUUUGUAAAUUAUGAUCAUACAUAUACCAAUACAUUGUAUUAAAGCUUUGAAUCUUACUUAUUCUCUCUUAAAUUAAUCGAUUUUUUGUUUAUUUUAGUUCCCCUAUUCCAAUAUGCAUGCGAUAGCCAAACAAUGCGGAUAUGGAGUCAAACAAUGCAAUAGCCCGACGUUGGUUGGCAAAACAAAGCAACACGUUCCAUUUCUAGUUUCUUGGUUGAGMGAAUCGAUCCCGACCCCUGAUUUGAUGGUUCUAGUUCGACAACGACCCAUUCUCCGUCGGUUGCGGUUCCGAUUCCGAUCGAUGCAUGAGUGUAAUGGRCAUGUCUCUCGUUCCCGAGCAAGAUGAUUGUUGUGUCUCUCCGCCGAGGGAAGACUUCUUAUGCGACGGUGAUGAUAUCUGAUGAUGGCAACAAGCUUCUUUGUUGUGCUUCUUGGCGUAGCCAGAGACAACGGCCCUCCCCUUCUUUUCCCACUCGUUUCGAUUCAUCCUGGCAUAAUCCAGAUACUCGUCUGAACACACCCCAAAUACACCGCACUCGGAUAGCUUUUUGGCGAGGGGGAUGAUGUAGUAGUCAAAAAAUCCGAUCUCGCCCUCGUACCACCCCUCGGUGGGAUCGCUUUCUGCCCGGCCCUCUACGUAGGCCUUGUACAUCUCAUCAUAMAGGCGUUCGUUCCACUUGAUGUAGAUGUGCCAGUGUUGCAUCGUAUGGGCAAUGUCCGAUGCCUGGAUAAUGUGCUCGAUGACUAUAGUGGCCCUGCGGUUGAUCUGUUCCCUCACGUCGAUCGAUGCUGAUGUGUURCCAMUAAGAGACGGAGCAGAGGACACGGGCAGCGAGAAGGCUUUCUCCCAUCUCUGGUUUCUAGCGUUUUUGAGAUCCUUGUCGAUAAUAUCCGUGGCACAAACGGCAUUAACCACCAGCUGACGGAAGCGCUCYUCUUCCUGCUGGGUUUGAGCGAUAGCUUUUCGCAGGUCCACAAAGCUCGGACGAGUAAGGAKUUCCCAGGAACGAUUGAUGGAAUUUUGUUCUGCGAUGCUCUUACCCUCGUAGGUUUUUGCCAUCUGUGUCUCUUCCUUUUCGAGCUGGGCGUUUGGUACUCCGCUGUGGUCGGCGUCAUGGAUCAACGCCGAAAAAAUGCAUGCAAAUUGGGUCAGCGGAUCGCUCGUAAUGCCGUAUGUGUGAUCAUGGAGUUGCUCGUGCUUUUCAAAGGUCUUGUCGGGGGCUACGAUGCGGCUCAGCAGCUUGCUCACCGACAUGCCAACGUGGCUCGCAUGCGGAAAAUUAUGGAAGGGAUUGUCGUGGUAGAUCCGAGAAAUGGAUACCACAAACUCGUGGAGCUGUGAUCUCACCUCCUUUCCAAGAAUUACCGAGUCCGGAUUCUCCGCCUGAUCGAURUACUUGCAAUUGUAUUCMGGCAACUCAAUUACCUCCUUUACCUCCUUAAGAACCAUUGCAUCGCUGGGAAUUUUCCAUACAACAUCGGCAUCGGCUUUUUCRUUGAGAGCACUGCGGCGAAGAGCAAUUUUCUUUAAAAGUCUUUCCAACACAUCUACGUUCCAGUUGACGAGUCGUUCUGUUUGGCAUGAGUUAUCUCUCCUUUUGGCACGAAAAGAGGGCACUGAAGACGAGGAAGAAGUAUGCGAUMYGGAAGAGGUAUGAACUGACGACGAAUGGCUAGUGCGGCUGCUCUCAAUCGACUGCGCCACUUUCCUUGGUUCGAUCCAGUACGUUGUCAUGAGACCCUUUCCUUUGGCUUCGACUAUUUCUUCGCGCGGCUGCAACCAGCGCCCCUUCCUAGCCUCCCUCAAGAGAUCUGCUGUUUUUUGCGAUACCUGGAUUUUGUUCACUCUGCCGGURCUCUCCAUUCUAGAUGCCGUAUUCACGGUGUCUCCGAAUAGCUGGAAUCGAGAUUUUUGACCCCUCAGAACACCCGCCGUUACUGGACCACUGUGCAGGCCGAUUCGAAGCUUCAGAUCACCAGUUUCCGGUCCUAGUGAGCGYUCAAGAACUGUGCAUAAUAUGUUGAAUUGCUCCCUGCAAUCAAAGGCAAAUUUGGCCAUAGCUACCGCGUGAUCUGGUUUUGGAUCAGGAAGGCCUGUAACUGCAACAUACGAGUCCCCAAUAGUCUGUUUUAAAAAGGAUUAGCAAAAAAUAAACGUCUAAAUURCAAAGAAAACAGAAAACAUUUCACGACAUACCUCUACUUUGAAAACUUUUCUCUUUGCUGCGAUUUCAUCAAACGCCCCAUAAACUACUUCGAGGAGAGUAAACACCUGUGUCGGUUCUCGGACGCUCGACCAAGCGGUAAAGCCGGCAAUAUCAGCAAAGAGAACGGUCGUAUCCGCAAACAAGUCUGCAAUAGGCUUGUUUUUCGUGCCCACUUCGCUGGCUUCAUUUUCUCCRCCGCCACUGUUUAGAUAAGAACGUAGCACGAGUUUUGUUGGUUGGUGAGCCGACUUUUUYUGGGUGAGUGAUUUACUYCGGGAACUUUCGGACAAAAUUUCAUUCUUGUUUGGUGGGGGGCGACUUUGUGCUCCGGUGGCUUCUUCCAUUAGACGCUUGCGUAUGUUAGAAGGAAACAGAGAGGAAACAAUUGCUGUGCUCUGGAUUGCCGUCUGCAUCACCUUUUUCUGGCGCAUCCGAACAAGGGUGUCAUAUGCGAAAAAGACGAGCGCCGUGAAACCGAAAAUAAAGACGCAAAUAAUGC